AGCUAUCGUGUCUUGUAUAGAACGAAGUUCUGUUUAAUAACUUCGAAUAUCAAAAUAAACAUUUUGUUUGCAAGGCGAAUCUUGAAUGUUUAUUAUUCGAUGUUUCUCCAGGUGUAGGAUAAAAAGGCACUGUUGCCUCUCACAUAGGACAUCAGUGACGACACUUCCCCCACAAGGUCAGCUGAACAACAAUAACCAACACGUGCACAACGCAGCGCAGAUAUUGACAGCCGCAGCGCAGAGACACACAAUGAGUUCGGGACAUCCAAGCACUGUUUGUCUGGCUGAUUACGAUGCCUACGGUUUCGAUCUGGAUCACACUCUGGCGAAAUACAAACUGGUGGAAGUGUUCAAUCUGUCAUACAAGUGUAUAACUGAUUUCUUGGUUGAGGAGAAAGGCUAUGAUGCAUCCAUCAAGUCUGACCUAUUCAAGUACAAGGAGUUCAUAUGUAAAGGUCUCUUCCUAGACAUUGAGAAGGGACAUGUACUCAAAACUGCAGAUGAUGGCAAAAUUCUAAGAGCAACUCAUGGAACAAGGGCUCUGGAGACGGCUGAGAUACAGGCUUCCUACGGAGAGGAUCAGAUCUGGAAACAUGCAGACACUGUCAAGCAAACUGUUAAAAACUCUAAUACAACUUUUCGUUUCUUUGAGAACUACUUUGACACUCCAGGCCUUGUUGCCAUGGCGAGAAUUAUUGACAUCGAAGACAAAAAGAUGAAGGACUCAAAAUCUGCUGACAAGAUAGACUACAGCCGGAUCUGGGGGGAUGUAUUCGAUUCCCUAGUGCAUAUAUAUACAUAUCACAACUUUGCAUUAGAAACAGGAGGAUUCUUCCCAGCUAUAAAAAAAAAUCCACACAAGUACGUUGAGAAAUGUAGUGAAGACAUAAAGAAGUGGCUGCGAUCUCUGAAACAGGACAACAAAUGUGUCUUCCUCCUCACAAGCUCCUUCUCCGACUUCGGGUCCUGUCUACUGGAAACUAUUCUAGGUGAUGACUGGGAAUCCUAUUUUGACAUCAACAUGUUUUAUGCAAGAAAACCUUCCUUCUUCACUGAUGGGCAUGCUUUUCAAAGAAUAGAAAAACACUCUGUAAAGGAACCAACAACAGAUCUGAAAAAAGGUGGUUUCUAUUACCGUGGCAACGAUAAAGAGCUCACAAAGUUUAUAGGCUCUCUGACAGGAAAAGAGAAUCCAAAGGUUGUAUAUUUUGGAGACAACAUCUGCGCUGAUUGUUUUCCGUCUAAGAUGUAUGCAGACUGGGACACUGUACUACUUCUGGAAGAAAUGGACGCAGAGGGAUAUGCAUGUGAUGACGGAACUGUACAACAAGAUGAUGAGCCGUCACAAAAGAAACGGCGACGAGGAAUAGAGCACAGUUCACUAGUGACCCAUGAGGAAAUAGAGUACUUGAUCUCCGAUGUAUGGGGGCCCUUCCUGUACCACGGUCCCGAGGGGGACUCCAACAAGGUCAUGAACACUCUGUGGGGGAACGUCAUCAGCCAAUACAGCGACAUCACCGUGCCCAGUCUGGAGUACCUGGCAGGAGUGCCACUGGACCACAAGUUUGACUCCUUCGGAGCCAAGAGCGGCUCUACUCAGGGCUUCCAUCCUGGCAAACCUGCGUCCCUGCUGUGACCAUCUGAAGGAUCUUUAACACACAGCUCAUAUCAAUCUUAAUGCAUCUUCAUACAGCCGGUGAACAGAGCCACUGAUCUUCACCAUCAUCAUCUGAUACCACUGACACCUCAAAUACCCUGUGCAUUGACCCAUCUCCACCCUGAAUUGGCAAAUACAUGUUGAUCCAUCUUUGUGAAUGUUCAGAUAGGAGGAUCAUAUUCAAGGCUAGUGUUGAUCAACAAUGGGUUCACAGGACAUGUUGUUGAUCGACCAGCAAUAUCAACCAUGAAGAUACACAUCAUCUCACUUUGUAUGCAAAACACACACUUACUCAAAAGCGGUAGGAUAACUGAGAGUGUUUUCUGAUUGGGAGGAAUACAACCAACUAUUAAAGUAGCAGAGUAACUUUAACCACCUUUACUAGAAUUGGCAAAUGUUAAAACAGUUCUUGUAUAUGAAAUGGACACAAUGCAUUGUUAGUUUUAUUGAAUCAAUAUAUAUGUUCUGUUGUAAGGCUCCCUAUUGUGAUCGUGAUGAUAUGGUUCUAUGCUAAAAAUGCUGCAUAAUGUAUUUCUAUUGCCCUGGAAAGGAUGUACAUUUUACAAACUUACAAUACCCCUCAGCUGAAAAUAUAAUGGAAAUGCUUGUUAUAGAAUUCGGUUUUUAAGAGAAGCAUGUUUUAGGCGUCUGAGUCUGUAACAGACACUUUGGGGCUUUGAGAGAAGUUGGUACUGCGGUUAUCAUCUAUACAUAUGAGCCAGUAAUAUGUCAUGUUACUUACAAAUUGUUUACCUCAACAUCCCACCAUGAUGGUGGCAGUAAAUAUUGCAGUAUAUUACAUACUUUUGUAUCAGGUAUUUUUUUUCACAUUUUAUGUGAUUUACAAGCAAGACUGAGCUGUUAUAUAUUUCUCCACUCUUGAUAUGUAUAUUUUCUUCUUUUGAUGAAACACAAAACAGAUUCUCAAUAUCACAAAUGUAUAUUCUUAUAUGUGAUAAAACUGAUCAUCCUUAUCAAAAGUUGAGUACUAUGGGUAAAUCAUAGCUUUCGGCCGUGGGAGCCGUGCCAAUUUACACUUGUCAGAGGGGUACACAAAGUCCGCAGUCUAUACUACCAGUUGUCCGACUUCCAUUUUUUGUGAAAGUGGGGUGGCUGAGCGGGUAAGGCGUCUGACUUUGUGUGCUGGCAUUUAGGUGCCUGACUCUGAGGGUGUGGGUUCGAAUCCUAACUAUGACUCGACCCAACAAAAUUACUAGAAUUUGUACUUAGCUAAGAAAGUGUAAUUCCAAAUAUAACAUGCCACAAUAUGAGUUUUGUAUUGGUUGACCAUUGAUGCAUACUGAAUCAAUAAAUCAAUGAAUGAAUGAUACAUGGUUUAUAUAUAUGUGGGUGAUUUGUUCAUUGAUAUGAAUAUAAUUUAUACAGCGGCUUAAUUUUAUUUUCUGUUUGUGUGUAUAAGAGGUGUUAGUCCAAUUUUUAAAAAUUAAUUCUCAGAUCUACUAAAAAAGAGUUUAUUUUUUAAUUUGAAAUGCUCUUCAUUUCCUUUGAUGAUGGAAAUGUAUGUGAACAUGUCAAGUCAUGCAUGAAUGACGUUAAACUUUAAAUAUGAAUGGUACCACAACAAGAUGUCCUAUCAUAUAAUGUAAAGAUCUCAGCCAUAUUUACAGGCUGAGGUAUCUCUUGUCAAGUCAGCGGGAUGUUUUUCUUGUACUUAAAAACAGAUAAAGUUUAUGAUAAUGAUAUCACCUCAUCCUUAAGUCUGCCUGAACUGGGCGGUGGGUGUAGUCUAGUGGUUAAAGCGUUGGCUCGUCACGCCGAAGACCCAGGUUCGAAUCCCCACAUGGGCACAAUGUGUGAAGCCCAUUUCUGGUGUCCCCCACCGUGAUGUUGCUGGAAUAUUGCUAAAAGCGGCCUAAAACCAAACUCAGUCAGUCAGUCAGUCAGUCAGUCAGUCUGCCUGAACUUGCCAAGCUGCUUCGAAUGCUUUGUAUUGCCUUUGUCUUCCACUGGUUGCUUGUCUUAGGCAGCUAAUUUGCAUGGGACAGCUGGUGAGCUCAAGAAGGAAGUGACAGGCAGCAUCCUUGUAUCCUUGUCACUGUACCAGCUGUUGUCAUGGAAACAAUACAGAAUUCUAUGGUAUAAAACCAAACUCACUCACUCACUCCUGUGUAUAUAGGUGUAGUGAAUCCACAAUAAAUGUUCAGGACAUGUCUUGUGAUUCACUUCAGGUGAGGACAAAUGUAGUUAUAUUUGAGUAAUAUGAUAUAAGUGUCGUCAAGUGGAACAUGAAACAUUAUUCACUGCUACUGCUUCAGCUUUGAUAAUAUUUGUUUAUUCAGUCAAUAAUGUUUGUUUCUUAAGCUUAUUAUUUUACCUAAUCAGGGGCAAUAAAAUAAAUAUGGUCAGAGACCACAUAUGUCCUCUGCUAUCCUCAAUGGUGGUUACUAUGUUUGAUACAUUUCAUUUUCUUUAUUCAUGUAUUUGUGGUCAAUGUUUAUUCUUUAAUAUUUUUAUUACUGUUCAAGCCUCACUAUAAUAAAUGAUUUAACAAAUUGAGCAAAGCAACACUAUUCAAAUUCCGCUUUUUGACUACUGAUUUUGUAAAAGUUAAAGAUUCACAGUGUGAUGGCCUUUUCCAGAUCACAUGCGGACAGGAUAAGUUAUUAUUAUUGUUACAGAACGUUAAGGUGUAAAUGUGUUAUUUGUUGUAGUCUACACUUUAAUUAAUUUGACAUGACAUUAAUCACGACCUGUUGUUUGAAUAUCCUGAUGAGCAAUAUGGACUUAUGCUUAGCCAAUUUGUUUUUUUUAUAUUUUUGUUUUGGAUUGAUCCUGGUCAUCAGAUCUCAGUUGUGUAGAUGAAUGCUCAUGGUGCCUAUCACUGGUUUGUCUGGUCCAGACUCGAUCAUUUAGAAACAACUGUUAUAGCUGUAAUAUUGCUGGGUGCAAUUUGUGCAAACAAUCAUUUGAAUGACCAUUAUGUUUGUAUCAUGGAUACAUCGUUUCACCGAGUGCUCAUACGUUUGAUUAGUGAUUCUAAUAAACAUCUAACAAAUCUUAUAGAUUGUGGACAGUAAAGAGAAACAGGAAAUGUUUUGUUAUGUUGAACUUGGCUUUCAAGUUGACAGGGAGUAUAUUUAGUAUACCGUAUUUCCUCUAAUACGCCCGGGGAUUUUUUCCAACAGACUUCCAGACCCUGCUCUUAUUGGAGACAAGGCGCUUAAAGUUUCAAUGGAAAUAAACGUAGAUUCUCCAUUGGUAUUUUAUUUGAAAACUCCGUUGUAAACAUGUGACACACCCGGCUUUAUUGGAGACCCAGCGCUUAUUUGUUGAACAGUUGCUUUAUACAAGUGAGGAAAUACGGUAGAUACUCAAAUGUAAUCUGCUCACUUACCAUGGAUGUGAUGUAAAACUGGGAUGGAAAUACACCAAGAGUGUCUACUGGUCUGAAUAGUUUUCUUCAAAGUAGUAAUAUACACCAUUACCCUAAACUCUGUAACUCGCUUGUGGCUUGUGGGUUAGGGAUGAUUUUCAUUCCAGCAAUGGGCAUUUGGGAUAUUUCCCUGAAGAACAGAUAACGAAUCAGAUGUGUGACAUGUUUUUAUGGUCUUUAGUGAAUGCAUUUAAAUGAAAUAAACCGGUUUUAGACAAA